GUACUGCUGGAUCCACUUCCGGGGCGGCUGCAGUGACGGGACGACGUCCCGUCCUCUGAGUCCUCGGUCCUGAAGGGGGUUUCCUUCUGGUGCCUCGGUUUCAAAAGCCGCCGCGAUCCGUUUCUUUCUUUUUUAAAAAAAAUAAAAAAGGCCCGAGAAGGCGGCAAAUGGGCUUCCUGAAAGGCGCCGUUGUUUUGGGUUCGCGCUGGGCCUUCCCGAGGGCGCCCGUCGUUCCUGGACGGAGCUGGGAGACGAGCAGCACGUGGUUGGGAUGAGUAGAUGAGCAGCACAAUGACUGAAAAUUCAUCUGGGAAUAUGCAGGGGGGCAUCACCCCCAUGCAGCAGAUGCUGGCAUCUGGAACUGGGGCCCUCUUCACCUCUCUUUUUGUCACACCCUUGGAUGUGGUGAAGAUCAGAUUGCAAGCUCAGAGGACACCUUUCUCUAAAGUGUUUUCAGUACAGUCUAUGCCCUGGAGCAUUCAGCAGCCCAAAUGGAAAUGUUUCCUUUACUGCAAUGGCCUCAUGGACCACCUAUAUGUGUGUCAGAAUGGAAACAGCUGCACAGCCUGGUAUAAGACGCCUACUCGCUUCACAGGCACUUUGGACGCUUUUGUGAAGAUAAUACGCUAUGAGGGCAUCCGAUCCUUAUGGAGCGGCCUUCCACCCACCCUGGUGAUGGCUGUCCCUGCCACUGUGAUCUACUUCACUAGCUACGAUCAACUGCGCGAUUUAUUGCGUGCCAAGUUGGACAGCCAGGCACGGUACAUACCACUAGUGGCUGGAGCUGUUGCUAGAUUGGGUGCAGUGACAGUGAUCAGCCCCUUGGAACUCAUCCGAACAAAGAUGCAAUCCCGACAGCUGAGCUACCGGGAACUGCGUGUCUGCAUCCAGACUGCUGUGGCCCAGGACGGAUGGUUCUCUCUCUGGAGGGGCUGGGGGCCCACAGUUCUGCGGGAUGUUCCCUUCUCAGCUCUGUACUGGUAUAACUAUGAACUGGUGAAGGACUUGUUGUGCACCCGAUUCUGUCUUACCGAGGCCACCUUCAUGGUCAGCUUUGCGGCUGGUGCCAUUUCUGGCACGGUGGCUGCUAUCCUGACGCUGCCCUUUGACGUGGUGAAGACCCAGCGACAAAUUCAGCUGGGAGACAUGGAGACACUCCAAGUUGCUACUCCCAGAUCCUCCUCCACCUGGCUGCUUAUGCAGAAGAUUCGAGCAGAAUCUGGCACCCGAGGACUCUUUGCAGGUUUCCUGCCUCGGGUGAUCAAGGUGGCCCCCGCCUGCGCCAUCAUGAUCAGCACAUAUGAAUUUGGCAAGGCCUUCUUCCAGAAAAUGAACCAGGAGCGGCAGCUUGACAACGUAUGAAGGCCAUGGAAAGAUCCUCCCAUUUUUCAGACGGACCAAAGCCACAUUGGUGGCAGGGAGAAAGGACAUAAUAUUUCAGAAGAGUGAAAGAGGAAAAACAAAGUUUGUGAACUCGUGGUCUGAGUAAGGUGGAUCCAGUGGUGGUCACUGUCAGUUAAGGGUUGAGAAGACCAUACCUAGGAAACAUUUUGUUCUCUUUCCUUGUAGGACGUGUCUCCUGUCAGACAAAUCCCAGGUGCCUUCCAGCUCGCUUCUACCCUCCUCCUCCUCCUCCUUUCCCUUUUGCUGGGGAGCAGCUCAGUGAUUUGAAUCUCUUAGCUGCUGCACUCCUUGCCCCCUGCCUCCCCACCCUAGAGCCAUUGUUACAUUUUGCUGUUGGGAUGCUGUAAUGUUCGGACCUUUGUACGCCUUUCAUCUGAAGAGCAGAACGUUCUCUUUAGCCUUGCCCAGAAUCAAGAGAAUCUCUAGCUACAACGGGCUGCCUGUAAGGUCCCAAA